CGUUAGAAAAGGACGGGCUUAAUCUGGGAGUAAAAGUGGAGUUGCGUAUGAGUCGUUCUGACUCCAGAGAGGACUUCCAGCGGACUCCACAUCCCUACAGUCAAUCUGCAGAUCCCAGACCUCCCAGGACUGCAGCUGUGAAGAAGAGAUAUUAAUCUGACCACACUCUGAAGCAGUGAGCAGGAGAAGCAUGGGUCUGCAGACCGUGUUCCGCGCGGUGAUCAUGGGGGCCCCGGGCUCGGGGAAGGGGACCGUGUCCAGCCGGAUAGCGCAGAGUUUCGCUCUGAAGCAUCUUUCCAGUGGAGACAUGCUGCGGGCCAACAUCGAGGCCAAGACAGAUUUGGGUCUCCUGAUGAAGUCGUGUAUCGAUCAGGGUCAGCUGGUUCCUGAUGAUGUCAUCUCUCGCCUCGUCCUGUCCAGUCUGAGGGGUCUGGAGCAGACCAGCUGGCUUCUGGACGGGUUUCCUCGUACUGUGGCUCAGGCCGAUGCCCUGGACAGCGUGUAUGAUGUGGACUCUGUUAUAAACCUGGACGUGCCUUCCCAGACGAUCCGGGAGCGCCUGACCUCUCGCUGGGUGCACCUUCCCAGCGGCAGGGUCUAUAAUAUAGACUUCAACCCACCUAAGAAGCCAGGUCUUGAUGAUGUCACAGGAGAACCGCUGGUCCAGAGAGACGAUGACAGUCCUGAAACUGUGUCCAGGAGACUCAAGGACUAUGCGAGACAAACACAACCAGUUCUAGAGUAUUACAGGAGUAAAGGAGUGUUGGAGACCUUCUCAGGAACUGAAACCAACAAGAUAUGGCCCCACGUUCAUGCCUUCCUGACCAGGAAAAUCCCAGGAAACCAGCAGGCUUUGGGAAAAGCAUGAUUGCACAAUAACCUUGAGGACUACACUGUUGGACUAGAGCACAAUUCACCUCUGUGGCCUUAAGCAGUCUACUGUAUUUGUCCAAACCUUUGGUGUCACCAUCUGCUUUUAUGCCUUUGUGAGAAAGUUAGUGCCAAACUACAGGUUUAAGGUCAAACUAGUCUAUUACUUAGCUCUAGCGCUGUCAUCUUAAGGGAAUAAACCCAGCUUAGAGAGUUAGAGGUAGGCAUGCUAAGAUUAAUAGUUGACUCCAAAGUUAAUCAUUCUCAACUUUCCACUUAGAAGAAGUGCCCAACCCAUACGAUUUUUUAUUACUUUAACUGAAGUGGCUGCAAAGCGUGGACACAGCAGCUCUAAAACAUUCCUAUUUAUUAUCCAUAAUUACCUUUUAAUAACAUUAUUGAAAUUUGUGCAUACUAGAGAAGUAUUAAUUUUAACAUUUCACAAAUGAAUGGAGAGCAAAAUGAUUUUUGUACGAACCACUGUGGCCAUAAUUAGCAAAAACACUCAUUUCUAUUGUAGAUAAUAUGAACCUUAAUACUUUUUGCAUAUACAAAAUAAUGUAUUUUUAAUUAAGAAAAGUUUGCACAAUACAAUAAAUAAUAAAGGGAAAGAAAAUCUAUAAUGUGAUCAAAAUGUAGUUUUAUAAGUCCGUUUGUAUUGAUAAACCACUAUUGUGUGGUUAUGAAGUCCUAGACCAGCAAGGAAGUGCAAAGUGUUUAUUCAUCUACUUUUAUGGCACAGUUAUGAAUCACUAUAAAUUGUAGUGUUUGAAAACCUGCUAUUGAAUAAUGGAGAUUUAAGUGUGAUGCAAAGCAUGGCAUUUCACAAACAACUGCAAUAAACAGAGAAGCUCAAAA